CUCUCUCUCCGCAGGCAGCCGCAGAGGCAGAGGCAGCUCCCAAACUGCUCCGUCAUUCGGUUCCAGCGCAAAGAAGAAGAAGAGAGAGAGAGAGAGAGAGAGAGAGAGAGAGAGAGAGAGGAUGAGUGGACACGAGGGUGACAAGGCCAAGGGCGCCGCCGGAGCCGAUUACGGCACGUUCCAGGGGCCGCCCAGCUACCCGCCACCACGCCCGCCGCCCGUCGGGUUCCCCCAGCCCGUCCCGCCGCCCGGCCUCUCCGGCCACCCGCCGGCCGAGCCCUACUCACGCCACCGCGGCGGCUACCAGGCUGUUCAAGCACAAGAUUAUGAAGCAGGUGUUCGUGGACAUAGUCACCACCGUCUUCCUUGCUGCGGCAUCGGUAUUGGUUGGUUCCUAUUCAUAAUCGGUUUCUUCCUUGGUGCCAUUCCCUGGUAUGUUGGAGCCUUUCUGCUGUGGUGUUCCAGAGUGGAUUACAGGGAGAAACCAGGCUAUGUGGCGUGCACAAUAGCUGCUGUCGUCGCUACAAUUGCUGUGAUUAUUGGGGCGACUGCAGGAGCACAUGUUUAUUGAUAUUAGUUUACAUUGUAUUGUCGUUGUACAUUUCAAGGGUACCCAAAGAUUUCAGAUGAUGUCAUCUGCUCUGUAAUGAGUCAUUGGUUGCAUUUGAAUUAUUGAUGUUUAACAAGGAGAACGGAGACCUUGUCCAUGAUCAUAAAUAAAUCAGACUGAGGUGACUUCGCCUUGCGAGUACUAGAACAA